CACAAACACAAACACGCACACUUUCAUCCACCACCGCCUCAACAAAAACCCCUGUCCUAUUUUCCGGCUAACGGAAUCUUCCAUAACCGUCGUUUCACCGCGCUUACUUUCUACCGGAAUCACCGUAUCCGAUCGCCGUCGUUUGUAUAGGGUUUAUGCUCCGUACAAAUAAAUUAGGUUCCCGAUUCGAAAAACGUUGCGUGUUUUUUCUACCAUCAAUUUAGGGUUUCAAUUUUAAAAAAUAAUUGUAUACAACGCCCUAUGGCUCCGGGGCGGAAACGCGGCGGAGCAAAAGGAGCGAAAGCGAAUAAACAGUUGAAAUUAGGCGAUCUUGUUCUUGCUAAGGUUAAAGGUCAUCCUGCAUGGCCUGCUAAGAUCAGCAAACCCGAAGAUCAUGAAAAAGUUCCUGAUCCGCGGAAAUAUUUUGUAGAGUUCUUUGGUACAGCAGAAAUAGCAUUUGUUGCUCCUGUCGAUAUCCAGCCAUUUACCAGUGAGUCAAAAAACAAAUUGUUAAAUAGAUGUAAAGGAAAGACUGUCAAACAUUUCUCCCAAGCUGUGAAUGAAAUUUGUGGCAUCUUUGAAGAGAUGAGAAAUAAGGGUGCAGAUUCUCUAAACGAUGAUCAUGAUAGACAAAGUUCUCAGCCUGAUGCUAAUUCUACAGAAAUGGUGGAUGAUGGGAUGGCUACCGAUGGACCUGGUGGUGCAACGUCAUCUGAAAUCGUAAAUCAUGGUACUGGAUUAGAACGGUGCUCUCAUAUGCAAAGGGAAAUGGGUUACGAGGAUGUAAAGCCUAGUGUUUUGCCUGUUGUUGAUGGUUGCUCUCCAUCGGCCGUUUCCGCCAAAAAACGUGCUGAAAUUUGCAAUGAUGUAAUAACUUCACCUAAAGGAGAGACUAUAUCCAGUUGUGCUACAGGUCAUAGCACAAAUCUUAAGUAUGGGGACAAGGCAGAAAUGAACGGGCACAACUCCAAGCAAAUUGAAAGAUCUUUAAAGAAAAGACAUGAUGUUGAUGAUGGAAUAAGCAAAAGUCACGGCCCAUUGGGUGUAAGUUCUGCAUCUCAUACCCGUUAUACUAAAUCCACUGCAACUAAAAUUGCAAAGGAUGGAACACGACGAAGUUCCUCAAAUGGAACCAAUAUUGAAGCUACUUUGGGUAUGGAGAGUCUAGAAUCUGGUGGUAAUAUUAAAAAAACAAAGAAAGUUUCUAAAGAUAAGACACAUGCUGGGGUUGACGAUUUGUUAAAGGAUGUUGAAGGUGCUCCUAUGGAGCUGGAGAGAAACAACGUGGAACUUACUGGAAGAAAAAGUGUUCUUAAUGAUGCAGUUUUGCAUCCUGCUAAAAGGUCGAAGGGAUCAGAUGAUGCUUCCAAGAAGUCCCAAGCAUACAGGAAAAAUGACACCUCCAGCAAAGGAGGCAAUGAAGACGUCAUGAGGUCAACACCAAGUUUGAAAACAAAAAACCGCUUUCCAUCCAAUGUGCCGACAAAUGGUGUAGAUUCUGGUGUUACCGGUGAUGAAGAUAUUCAAUCACCUACAAAACGUCGUCGUCGGGUACUAGAUACCAUGCCUGGUUCUAUUUUGAUGUCUGACGAUAGAAGAACCGAAAGCUCAAAUACACCUAGGAAAGGUGAAAAUAAUGAUUCUGUUAAAUCUGGUACUCAUGUGCCAGUGAAGAGGAGAGCGGUUCGCAUAUGGGAUGAUGAUGAGGAUGAGCCGAAGACUCCCGUGCAUGGAAGAUCACUCAUUUCAACGACUGUUGAAGAAAGUGGUGCAGUUACUGAAGCUGUGCAAAAUUCUCCUGGUGUGAGAAACUCUAGGUUACAUGCGAAAGCAAUUCUGCCCAACUCUCAGCAAGAUAUCCUAGAAGUCACUGAAGGGAAGGUCUGUUACAGUCCCAUGAAACCUGAAUCUGAAAAAAAAUCUGCUGAAACAGUUCGCAAGAUGUUUGUUUCUCCCAUCAAGUCCCCAUUUAACUCUUACUACCAAAUGGCAGAACCUAAUAUAGCAAACAAGUCCUUAGGAAAAGUUUCUGCUAAUGCUUCUCAAAAAAAGAUUCAAACAGGGCCUUCUAAGGCCUCAAGUGGGAUUCAUGACCUUGGGCAUCGUUCUCAGAAUAAUGCAGUUAAUGAGAGAAGCAGGUCUGUUAUUUCCGGGGAGAAGCAGAAAUUUACUCCAAAGUUGAGCUCACGGGUUACUGAUAACGAAAAUGUCUCGAGGAAACCGAGUGAUAGCAACUUGUUAUCUAGUGAAAGGGCAGAAUUCUCUCGGGUGGAUCGAGCAACUUUAUUGGUUGAUUCAAAAGGUGCAGAUUCAAAUAAGUCGAUGAGGCAUCUGAUUGCAGUUGCCCAGGCGAAAAGGAAAAAAGCUCAAUCUCAAAAUGUUAUGCUUGAAAGCAUUAGUUUUUCACAUGUCACAACCAGUGAAACAACAGGGAGGAGUCCCCGCUCUAUUUCUGCUGCUCAGCCCGUUUCAGCAGGUCCAGGAAUUGUCACAUCACUUUCUUCUCCAUCUUCUCUUGUACAUCAGCUUGCAUCAAAUGAUCAGACGGAUGUGGCUGAAUUUGAGGAGAGAAGGACCAGUUCAGGGCAUCGUCCUGCAGGGGGCUCUCUUAGUGGCGGAACUGAGGCUGCUGUAGCUCGUGAUGCUUUUGAAGGAAUGAUAGAAACACUAUCAAGAACAAAAGAAAGCAUUGGCCGUGCAACAAGACAUGCAAUUGACUGUGCAAAGCAUGGGAUUGCUAGUGAGGUUGUGGAACUUCUUACUAGGAAAUUGGAAAAUGAAGGCAGCUUUAAUCGAAGAGUGGAUAUCUUCUUUCUGGUGGAUUCCAUUACACAGUGUUCUCAUUCGCAGAAAGGCAUUGCUGGAGCCUCUUACAUACCCGCUGUUCAAGCAGCACUUCCUCGACUUUUAGGAGCUGCUGCUCCACCAGGUGCCAAUGCUCGUGAGAAUCGCCGUCAAUGCCUGAAGGUUUUAAAAUUAUGGCUCGAGAGGAAAAUUCUACCUGAUACUCUACUUCGGAGCUAUGUAGAGGAUAUUGGAUCUUCAAAUGAUGAUGCUUCUGGGGGGUUUUUCUCCAAACGUCCAUCUCGAUCAGAACGGGCUGUGGAUGAUCCCAUUAGAGGGAUGGAGGGCAUGCUCGUAGAUGAAUAUGGGAGCAACGCGACGUUUCAAUUGCCUGGACUUUUGUCAUCUAAUGUUUUCGAAGAAGAAGAAGAAGAUGAUGAUAUUCUUAACUUCUCUCAUAAAGAAGGCAUUGGUAAGUCAGAAUUUGAAUUGAACCCUGGCACAGGAGAACUCGAAACAUGUUCGGUAACUUCAAAUGACAGACGCCACUGUAUCUUGGAGGAUGUUGAUGGUGAACUCGAAAUGGAAGAUGUGUCUGGACAUCCAAAAGAUGAAAAAGCUUUGACAGGCGGUUCCUGUAAGGCUGUUGAAGAGGAGGAAUUUUGUGACAGGACAAUGGAUGCAGUCUCAAAUUCCAAUAAGGUGUCCCCUCUUCGUGAGGGUUCACCACCACUGCCACCUGAUUCCCCCCCUCCCACUCCACCUUUGCCUUCGUCACCAGAGCCACCUGAGUCACCAGACGUGGUGCCACCACCUCCAUCAUCCCCACCUCCACCUCCACCUCCGCCCUUACCUCCAUCACAAACAUAUCCUCAUCACCCACUAAAUGGCGUUCCACCACAGAUAUCAUUUUCUCAACCAUCAAUACCUCCUCAGACUUCUUCAACACCUAAACUGAUACAUCCGUACCAGUCACCAAUGCCAUCCAGUGUUCCUUUGAAUGCUCGUCUUGGACCUCUCACUGAUGCUGCUGUUAGAGGUGAAAUGUUCCCCCAGCAACCACCGAGCUUUGUGCCAGCUUUGGCUUCCAGUUCACGUGAACCUUCUGGAUUUAUAUCAUCGAGGACGUUAGAAUACGGACACGAAGCAUAUGCGAAUCCUCAAGGUUUUCAUUCAAAUCAGCAGUUCCAAAAUGCCAGUAUACCAUUACCUUCAAGAGCCUUCCAACCUAACAUGCCGUCUCAAAGUGCCACUAGUCAAUUUCAAUAUCCUAAUCCUGCAGUGUUGCAGCAUUCAUACCCUCCUUUGUAUGGCUUAACAAAACCUCCAGAUGGCUUGAGGAGAUAUGGUGCUGAUGAACAAUGGAGGCCACCUGCAAAUGAGUUUGGCACUGAUAGUCAGCGUGGUCCAUGGAUAGGUAGUGGGAGGACUUCUGGACCUUCUUUUGCUCAGGAAGGCUAUUUUCGACCACCCAUGGAGAGACCCCCAGGAAAUAAUGUUAGUUAUCAACCAACAGGCCAGAGUAUAGUUCCUGCAGGAGCCCCAAUUCCAGGCUACAGUGGAUCGCUGAUGAUGCCAGGCAGACCAGACAUGUCAUCUCUCGGUUCUUGGAGAUCAGGUUAAAGAAGCUGCUGGAUUGCUUUAUAGGUGGUGAGUUGGGUUCAAAAACUGUCAUAAAGCUUGGAAGAUGCGGUGCUUUUUUUUUGUUUCCUUAUCUGCUACAAAUUGAUGGGGCUGUGAGUGACCUUUGCAGAUUGUAUAUUGUAGUUUCUCCUCUCUUCGAAAAUGCUUCCCAGACACAUUUACCGAGUGUAAGGCAUCACUCAUUUAUACAUCUUCAUUUAACUAAUAUAAAUUAGAUAUAAGUCAUUUAUCUUUAGAGCAAAACGAGUUAAUUCUCCAAGCCAGAUCAUCACCUGGUUGAAAUAGAAAUGGAAAACACCUUUAAGGUGGCUUUUAGAUCUUUUGCUUUAUUCUCGUAUAAUGAAAAAAGUUUCUGGUGUUGAAUAUUA